AUGGCAUUCACUGCUGGAUUAAACAAAUCAGCAACCCCUGGACGGUCAACUUUUGUCUUGAACACUGUAAAAGUGUCCCGUGAUCAUCUAGAUGAAAACAAGAUCAGAGUGCGGGACUUUACACGGUUCAACGUAUCCGGGCGAGUGUUCCUAAUCAGAACAGAAAACCUAAACAUGUUUCCCGACACCCUUCUAGGAUCCUCAGACAAGAACACGUUCUGGAGGGAUGACCUCAACGCUUACUACUUUGAUAGGAACAGAGAGUUCUUUGUAUCUGUCCAACAGUUCUAUCAGUUGAAAGGUGUAUUCAGAUACCCAUCCCAUGCGAUAGAAGAUCCAGUAGUGAUUAGAAGAGAAUUAGAGUUGCCUGCUAACAGCAGUGAUGGGUUUAGUCUUAAAGCGAUAAAAUCAGUAGAUCCAAGUCAGCGAGAGAAGUUGUAUAAUUUGCUGAACUUUGCCAAUUCGUCCUCCUCUGCGAAUGUGUUAGCGUGGGUAGACUGUCUACUUAUCGGCUUAUCAGUCAUCAUGCUUAUCAUCGAAUCAGAACCGACCUACAAGAAAUAUUUCGCGGAGAAUGGACAAGAAGCCCAUAAGUUCGCGUUCGCAGCUAACUCUGUGAUAAUGGGUUACUUUACCUUCGACUACGUUUUGAGAAUCAUCGCUCAUCCCUCGACUUUAGGGAUAUUCCGAGUAACGCGAGUGUUUAAACUAGUAAGAAGAUGUGAGGCCCUUCUAGUCCUGGUCAGAGCACUCUCCAGGACUACGAAAGAGUUGCUGUUACUCGCAGCAAUGGUUUCUCUCUCGGCUCUGUUGCUUGGAUCCGUCAUGUACUACGUUGAAUACAGUCAUGAAGUAGCAGAAGCUUGCAGUAGACAAGGUAGAGAGAUGAGUAUGAGAUGUAAGUUCAAUAGUAUCCCCAACUCCUGCUGGUGGGCUGUUAUCACUAUCACUACUGUUGGGUACGGAGAUAUGGUACCUGAAACAUUCCCUGGCAAGAUUGUUGGAACGAUUGCAGUGUUUCUAGCAUUGGUUUUGAUAGCUCUGCCCGCUACGAUUAUAGUAACUAAAUUCAGCGAGGAAUACGAAAAGGGAGUCAGUCAAGUUGAACAAGAUGAUGUUAUGGGGUGA